AUGGCCUGUCCACUGACUGUCUCCAAGUUCGUUGGAACUUUCUCACUCGGCCUGCUAACUGGCCUAUCCUACUCUACUUCAACCAUUACUAUCCCAUCUCUCAAGCUUCUCCCCACCUCAAUCACCGCCUCCCGCUCUCUCAAUGAGGCGAAGCGCCUCAGCCGCAAACAUGCUCUGCGACUCUCUAGUUUGACGAACGGGUGUAUUCUCUUCGCAUAUACCCUUUCCCCAUCGCGACGAAAGCAUCCCUUCCUCAUAUGGAUGUGCGUUGUGUCUACUGUGAGCUCUUUCGGCCUCGACCUCUUCUUCAACCGUCACCUGGGUUUCAAGACUUGGGUCAUCACAGCGAUCCACGAUACCACUGGUCUGAACCUCAGUCGUCGGCCAUCUAAGAAAGACGAAGAUAUUGUCAUGGUUGAGUCCGAGGAGGACGUAAAUGUGAACGGGGAGAGUGUCCAGCUUGAGAUGAAUCGAGAGCACCGUCUGCAGAGCGUGCGAGCUUGGCUGGCCGGGAUCGCACUUUCUAUGGGAAUUGUCGGUCUAUGGGGAGAUCGGCCAUGA